GCAGCAGGUUACAGCGCGAGGACCCCAGAAGAUGCUGCUGUUCUUGCUCCUGCUCGCCUGCCCCCUGCCCUCAGCUUGUGACAACAGCUGCUUCCACUGCUGGCCAGCACUGCCUGCCAUGCUGGAAUAUGACCUGCAAAUCCUCUGGGGCCCCCCAGGGCCACCCGUCGAGUUGUCCCAAAGCCUCCAGUCCAUCUUCCUGACAGAUGACACCUCGGUCAAAAGCUUGUUCCUUGACCGGGACCAUCUGGAAAAAGCAACAGCCACAUUUGUCCUUCAAUUAGAUGAAGCCAUUAAGAGGUUACGAAGCGACAAGGCCUUGCUGCUGGAAGAGCUCAAAAUGUACAAACGUCUGCUGGCCAAGAAACUGACAGAGAGGUCGGAGGAGCUGGAGCAGAGGGUCUGCAACGAGUCCUGCGGUGUCCACACACCACUGGAAAUCACAGAAUGUGCCAGCUGCAGGACGCACCUCCUCUCCUGUGAUGACCACACUCUGUGUCCAGCCCCAGCCAGGCACUGGCAGAACAAGUGGGUUCUGGGCCUCAGCACAAUGCUGUUCCUAGCCAUGGCUGCAGGCGGAGGGUAUGCUUUGUGGCUCAGGAAGAAGAAGAAAGAGGAGGCAAAAAAGAUUGCUGAAGCCUCUCCCCUGGAACUAGUCAAGGACCCCUGCCACAGCAAGAUCCAGUCGCCCAGCUCCAACUGGGUCCAGCACACCUCUCUGAUGACCCUCCACCCUCGACGCGAUUUGGAGAGACGAGGAGUUCAGACACGGCAGAGGAUGCACCGCGCGGCUCUCCACCAGCAGGACCAAGAACGAGCCCGGGCGGCGCGGCGCCGGAAAUGA